UAUAACAUUUUUUUUUUAUAACAGCACUAUAACAUUUAAUUGUUACUCAAAUGAAGAGAUUUCCUUACUAGAUAAUGAUCAUCAUAUGAAAGUCGACGUCUUACUCCAGGAUCAAAUAUGCUGGUUUUAUAAAUUGCAGAGACCUUUUCUCUUUUAAUAAUCAAAUCGGAAAAAUCAUUUUAUUUUGGUACAUAAAUAGGAAAGAAUCAUGAAAGAAAGGAAAGGGAGAUUUUCUGAAUUGGACUCCCGAAUUUCCGUGCAGAGCUAGGCAGGCCCAAGAAGAGCAAAAAGCCCACUUACUUCCCGCCAAACCCCAAAAAAGUUCUGUUUCUAACCAAAACCCUUAAUUCCUCUCUUCUCCUCUUUAAACCCUCUCUUCCUCCCCAAAUUUCUCAUCCACUCCCGCCACCCUAAAACCCUAACAAAAGACAUUCCUGGAGAGAUUAGCUUCCGCCGGAGCCGGAAAAUGGACCCAAAGGCCGUGAAAUCCGACCUCGUCCUAAUCCUCGACUAUGGCUCGCAAUAUACCCACCUCAUCACUCGCCGGAUUCGCGCUCUCAACACCUUCUCGCUCUGCAUUUCCGGCACCUCCACCCUCGACGCCAUCACUUCCCUGAACCCGAAGGUCGUCAUUCUGUCCGGGGGCCCGCACUCCGUCCACACGGCCGACUCGCCCAGCUUCCCUAAUGGGUUUGUGGACUGGGCGCUGGAAAACGGCGUUUUCGUGCUGGGGAUCUGCUACGGGCUGCAGCUGAUUGUGCAGAAGCUGGGAGGGGAAGUGAGGGUUGGGACGGAGCAGGAGUAUGGGAAGAUGGAGAUUGAAGUAGUGGGGAAUUCGGGUAUUUUCGGGAAUAAGAAGAUCGGGGAUAAGCAGGUGGCUUGGAUGAGCCACGGCGACGAGGCUGCUCGGUUGCCGGAAGGCUUUGAUUUGGUGGCCAAGAGCCAGCAAGGGGGAGUUGCGGCUCUUGAAAAUCGGGAAAAGAGGUUUUACGGGUUGCAGUAUCACCCGGAGGUGUCUCAUUCGCCGGAGGGCAUGGACACAUUACGGCAUUUCCUGUUUGAUAUUUGUGGAGUGGCAGCUGGUUGGAACAUGGAAGAUGUCUCGGCGGAAGAGAUAAAGGCGAUUAAAGGAACAGUGGGUCCUGAAGAUCAUGUGAUUUGUGCUUUAUCUGGUGGUGUUGAUUCCACAGUUGCUGCAACACUGGUUCAUAAGGCAAUCGGUCAUAGGCUUCAUUGCAUUUUUGUUGACAAUGGUCUAUUGAGGUAUAAGGAGAGAGAACGAGUGAUGGAAACAUUUGAGAAGGAUCUUCAUCUCCCUGUUACUUGUGUCGAUGCUUCGGAACAGUUUCUUAGUCAUUUGAAGGGCGUGACAGAUCCCGAGAUGAAAAGGAAGAUAAUUGGGAGGGAAUUCAUUAACAUCUUUGAUGUUUUUGCCCAUGAUUUGGAGCAAAAGCUAGGGACGAAACCUGCUUACCUUGUCCAAGGAACUUUGUAUCCAGAUGUCAUUGAAUCUUGCCCACCUCCUGGCUCAGGAAGAACUCACUCACACACAAUCAAGAGUCAUCAUAAUGUUGGAGGACUCCCGAAGGACAUGAAGUUGAAGCUCAUUGAGCCUCUUAAGCUUCUAUUUAAAGAUGAGGUCCGCGAGUUAGGAAGGAUCUUAGAUGUUCCUGUGGGAUUCCUGAAGCGUCACCCUUUCCCUGGGCCUGGUCUUGCAGUAAGAGUGUUGGGUGAUGUAACUCAGGGCAAUGCCUUGGAUGUCCUACGCCAGGUGGAUGAGAUUUUCAUCCAGUCCAUCAAGGAUGCUGGACUUUACGAUACCAUUUGGCAAGCUUUUGCAGUUUUCCUGCCUGUGAGAACUGUUGGAGUUCAAGGGGAUCAAAGAACACAUUCUCAUGUCGUUGCCCUUAGAGCCGUUACAAGUCAAGAUGGAAUGACAGCCGAUUGGUAUUACUUUGAACACAAGUUCCUGGAUGAUGUUUCCCGCAAAAUCUGCAACAGUGUACGCGGAGUGAACCGAGUUGUUCAAGAUAUUACAUCAAAGCCUCCAUCAACAAUUGAGUGGGAGUGAUGCCAACCUCAGGCGGUAAAGGUUUGGGGGGAGAAAUUUGACUAGUAAGGUCUCACGGAUGUGUAGAGUAGUGAUGACUGAUGAGGUUAUCUGGUUGCCAUAUUUAUGUCCCUAAAAGGGGUUAUUUUGGGCUGGGGGCUUUUGCAAGUGAGGAAGAGUGGGGUGAGUGAACGAUGGUUCACAAGGCCUGGUUCUUAUUUAUGCUGAUUGAACCCAAGUUUGCAGAGUUUUUGUACCUCUCUUCUUUUGUUUUGCUUUUUCUUGAGCGGAUGAACUUAAGGGGAAAUAUAAUUUUCCUUGAUGCUUAUAGCUAGACCUUCGUUCGAAAUUAAGACGUCGCAAUUAUCGACUAUUUGACGUGUCCAGUUAGUGUGCUGAAUCAACAUAAGAGCUGAUG